CCCCUCGCUGCAAGACGAGCACCGGGACUGAUGCCUGCGGUGGCUGUUCAGUAAGCGGGACUCAGCGGGACAGCAGCUCCGGCACAUAGGAAUACUCAAGCCUCUCACCAAAGGACUUAUUUAUCUGAUUUGAUAUAAAGGGAUUUACUCACCAGAACCAUUGCUACUCCCAAAGAACUUCUUCGUGAAGAACCUUCUUCGUGAGGCGCAGCACAUAUACCGCCUGUCAUGUCUCGGCGAAAGGUCAGAGGCCUGACCCGUACGGGCCGCCAGGUCAGCGAGGACCCAGACCUGGACUCUCUGCUGUCCACCCUGUCUCCUGAGGAGAUGGAGGAGCUGCAGCAAGACAUGAUGAAGGUGCCGGACCUCCAGCCAGAGGACGGUAAGAUCAUCGUCCAAGGAGAGAGCCAGCCACCUACAAGCAACAACAUCCGCGAGGGGACGAGAGGCGACAGCAAAGGGAAGCUCAGUCAGAGGGAACAGUCGUUUGAGGGCGAACAGAAAAAAGAGAGUCGGAAGCAGGAAUACCUAAAGAAGAUGGGCCUCAGCCAGGAGGAGAACGAUGUCAAACGAAGUGUCUCAGGCGAAAAAGGCAUCAAGGUGGAAGACAGAAACAACAGAGGACAUGAAAGUUCAACAGAAGAGCGAAGCUGGAAUUCCAGUAGAAUCCGGAAACAGGAAAGCAAAGAGAGCGAGGUGAAAGAGAACUCCAAUGACAAAGAGAGAUUCGAGGACAGUCGGGUAAGAGACAGGAGAGAAAACAGAGAGAGCACAGGUAGCAAAACAAAGGAUAUGAUCUCCAAGUUGCAGGAAAAAAAGGAUGAGAGCAAAGAAAAGGAAAGGAGAGAUGACUGCAGGAGAAGAGACGACAGCAAAACCAAAGAUAUCAUCUCAAAGCUACGAGAGAAGAGCGAGAAGGACAUGGGCAAGGAGAAGGAGAGAAAAUCGGAAGGCAUCAGGACACAAGGGCUUGUCUCAAAAAUGAUUGAGAAACAGAGCAAAACUCCCGAGAGCCAGAUUCAAGAGGGGAAGUCUGAAGAGAAGAAGCCGAAAGCAGAAGAGAAGAAACCUGAAGAGAAAAUCAAACCUGACGCAAAACUUGAACGACAACCGUCCGAGAAGGGCGAGGCGCAGGUGAACCAGGUCGAGAAAAGAACAGAUAGAGAAGAACUGGUCAAUCACAGUGACCACGUGAAAGAGAAAGAUAAGAAAGUUGAAGACACAAAAGAAGAGGAGGCGAAAGGAAAAGCCAAGAAAGUUGAUGGAACUGAGAAACUUGGUAACUGUGGGGCAAAAAACAGCCCGAACAGCAAGGCGAAGCAAGAAGAGGAGGACGAAGACUCCAGCAUGUUCGAUGAGCUGAUGGAGCAGGUUCGAAGCAACGACCCCUCCAUCACCGAGCUCAACGUCAACAAUUCAGAGGUCAUAAAGACCAAAACCCUCAUCGAGUUUGCUGAGGCUUUGAACAACAACACCAACGUCAAGACAUUUGCUCUCGCAAACUGCCGCGCAGACGACCACGUAGCGUACGCCAUCGCUGGGACGCUACGCAACAACAAGACCAUCACCAGCAUCAACCUUGACUCCAACCAUCUCACCGGAAAGGGCAUCCUGUCCCUCAUCCAGGCGCUGCAGCACAACUCCACACUGACCGAGCUCCGCUUUCAAAACCAGCGGCACAUCUGUGGAGGCAAGACUGAAAUGGAGAUGAUCAAAGUCCUGAAAGACAACACCACCCUGCUCAAACUGGGCUACCACUUUGAGCUGGCAGGACCCCGGAUGACCACCACAAACAUACUGAGUCGCAACAUGGACCGGCAGAGGCAGAAGCGGCUGCAGGAGCAGAAGCAGGCUCAGGCCAACGGGGAGAAGAAGGGGACGCUGGAGAUCCCCAAGACCGGGAUAGCGGGCGGAUCUCGCAGGAGCUCACCGAUGGCUUCCCCAAAACCGUCGCCCAUUCCUUCGCCGAUGCCAUCGCCGAAGCUAACUCCAAGGAAAGGAGCUGUCGGUAUGGCUCCUCCGCCCCCUCCGCCUCCUCCUGGCGGUGGACCCCCUCCUCCUCCACCUCCUGUGUCGGAUGCUAACCGCUUAUCUGGCAGCAAGAACUCAAGGGACCAACUGCUGGCUUCGAUCAGAGGAAGCAAUAUGAAACAACUGAAGAAGGUGCCGGUGCCAAAGUGGCUGCAGUAGUAUUUUCUCUUGGAUUAUGAGAUGAAAAAAAGAAGAGGGAAGGGGUACAGACAUCUGGCCACAGGUCUUCAAUGAGGUGAACUCUACAUUUCCCCUGGGUCCUUAUAGCUGUGGGGACGGGUGGAGAAGACGAAAACGCAGGAUGGUUGGAUAACUGGUCCUCACUAUGAGUUCUCCUCUCAAACACUGGACCAAAAGGACUCUGUGGAGAAUGAGUGAAGCGGGGCUCUCUCUGUCUGAUCUGACUGCAGAGAGCACCGUGACUUUGUGGUUGUGUGUCUUCAGUUCAUAUUGACGCUUUGCUGGUUAUUUGCACUAGAUAAUAUAAAGCUGAUCAGACAACAUGUGGGUUUGUCUAUGCAUCUGAAUGUGUGUGUGUUGAGAGUGUGUGGUGAGCUUAUUAAGAGAUUCAAUUAGUUCUUUAUUAAAGUAUAUUAUACAGAAAAGUCUAUCAAUGAUAAUCCUAGUGAAAAUUAAAAUGACCAUUUAUUUAUUUGUGAAAGAAGAAUUCCAACUUAUGCUUGUCAUCUGUUCAAUCUGCUUAAACUGGGAAUUCAGAAAAGGCGGAAAUAUCAGGGAAUUAACAAACAUAUGGCGGCCUGAAUU